AUGAGGGUGCGCUGUGCCUUCCCUGAAGCCAUGCCCUCCAGCAGCGCCCGCCCCCCCGCGUGCCUAGCCCCGGUGGCUCUCUCCUUGGCUCUGCUGCUCCAUCUCUUCCUUUCCUCCCAAGCUGGAGACAGGAGACCCUUGCCUGUAGACAGAGCUCCAGGUUUGAAGGAAAAGACCCUGAUUCUACUCGAUGUGAGCACCAAGAACCCAGUCAGGACAGUCAAUGAGAACUUCCUCUCCCUGCAGCUGGAUCCGUCCAUCAUUCAUGAUGGCUGGCUCGAUUUCUUAAGCUCCAAGCGUCUGGUGACCCUGGCCCGGGGGCUUUCGCCCGCCUUUCUGCGCUUCGGGGGCAAAAGGACCGACUUUCUGCAGUUCCAGAACCUGAGGAACCCGGCAAAAAGCCGCGGGGGCCCCGGUCCGGAUUAUUAUCUCAAAAACUAUGAGGAUGACAUUGUUCGAAGCGAUGUUGCCUUGGAUAAACAGAAAGGCUGCAAGAUUGCCCAGCAUCCCGACAUUAUGCUGGAGCUGCAACGGGAGAAAGCAGCUCAGAUGCAUCUGGUUCUUCUAAAGGAGCAGUUCUCCAAUACGUACAGUAAUCUCAUAUUAACAGCCAGGUCUCUAGACAAACUUUAUAACUUUGCUGAUUGCUCUGGACUCCACCUGAUAUUUGCUCUAAAUGCACUACGUCGUAAUCCCAAUAACUCCUGGAACAGUUCUAGUGCCCUGAGUCUGGUGAAGUACAGCGCCAGCAAAAAGUACAACAUUUCUUGGGAACUGGGUAAUGAGCCAAAUAACUAUCGGACCAUGCAUGGCCGGGCAGUGAAUGGCAGCCAGUUGGGAAAGGAUUACAUCCAGCUGAAGAGCCUGUUGCAGCCCAUCCGGAUUUACUCCAGAGCCAGCUUGUAUGGCCCUAAUAUUGGGCGGCCCAGGAAGAACGUCAUCGCCCUCCUAGAUGGAUUCAUGAAGGUGGCAGGAAGCACAGUGGAUGCAGUUACCUGGCAACAUUGCUACAUUGAUGGCCGAGUGGUCAAGGUGAUGGACUUCCUGAAAACUCGCCUGUUAGACACACUCUCUGACCAGAUUAGGAAAAUUCAGAAAGUGGUUAAUACAUACACCCCAGGAAAGAAGAUUUGGCUUGAAGGUGUGGUGACCACCUCAGCUGGAGGCACAAACAAUCUAUCCGAUUCAUAUGCUGCAGGAUUCUUAUGGUUGAACACUUUAGGAAUGCUGGCCAAUCAGGGCAUUGAUGUCGUGAUACGGCACUCGUUUUUUGACCAUGGGUUCAACCACCUCGUGGACCAGAAUUUUAACCCGUUACCAGACUACUGGCUCUCUCUCCUCUACAAGCGCCUGAUUGGCCCAAAGGUGUUGGCCGUGCACGUAGCUGGGCUCCAGCGGAAGCCGCGGCCAGGCCGAGUGAUCCGGGACAAACUACGGAUUUAUGCUCACUGCACAAGCCACCACAACCACAACUAUGUUCGUGGGUCCAUUACACUUUUUAUCAUCAACCUGCACCGAUCAAGAAAGAAAAUCAAACUGGCUGGGACUCUCAGGGACAAGCUCGUGCACCAGUAUCUGCUGCAGCCCCAUGGACAGGAGGGCCUGAAGUCCAAGUCAGUGCAGCUGAAUGGCCAGCCCUUAGUGAUGGUGGACGAUGGGACCCUCCCAGAAUUGAAGCCCCGACCCCUGCGGGCCGGCCGGACAUUGGUCAUCCCUCCAGUCACCAUGGGCUUUUAUGUGGUCAAGAAUGUCAACGCUUUGGCCUGCCGCUACCGAUAAACCACACUCACCCUCAUGAGGUGUCAGCGGGCCUACUGGACUGCUUUCUACUCCUCUGCCCCAGUGGUACCCUUAUUUUUCAGACACCUUCUUAGCAACAAACCAGUCUCUGCUGCCCCAUCCUGCUGGAAUCAACAUAGACUUGCUCUCCAGAAAGACAAAUGUCAUAGCAUGAGCUUAGCCUACAUAGGUCCCAUCCACCCCAAAGGAACAUGUGGACAUCUUGUGUACCUAUAGAAGGAUGCAGGUAUGUGUGCAGAGCUGUGUGUAUCCUUGUAUGUACCAUGAAAACAACUCCCAGCACACUCCCUGGACAAAAUGAACAACAGCCCGUGAUCCUGGCCACACAGCAGAACUACAGACCUUAGCCUACGGCUGCUGCCCUCGGCAGAAGAUGAGCAAGAAAAGAACCCGGCAGACUUUGAAGAGCCUGAUCCUCUUCCAACUCCUUCCUUUGUUCCCUGCUGUUGCUCUGGGUUUCCUAUCAGCCCUCUUCUCAGAGGGGAGCAAGUGGGUGAGUCAGCACUGGCCUGCUGGGUGAGCUGUUUAUGUAAUUUCCCGGCUGAUGUAUGAGUGUGUGCCUCUGGGUUCCUGACAGUGGCAUCAAUCACAGGCUAUUCCUCUGGGAAGCGGGUGCUUCAGAAGUAAAAUCGCAAUCAUAUUCCAGGUUUUGUAAGAAGGUUCUAUUCCUCUGUGAAUCCGGAUUUCCCCCGGGGUUGGAGUGGGAGUCAGGUAACAGUGUUCAUUGAGUGGAGAGCAAUGCAUUCGGCACCACAGAAAGUAAUUAUCAUCUGUCAUGUGGCUCUGAGGGAGAGAGUUUUAGUACAAAGAGAAAGCACACCAAACCACCAGGACACAUACACACACACACACACACACACACACACACACGCAGCAAAUAAUUAGACCUUCACAUUUGAGAGAAUAUUUAUUAAGAAUAAGCCCUCAAUGGUUUCCCUAACCAAAAUCAUUAAAAAAAAAAAGAAGUGUAAAUAUCAAAGGUCCUCACUGCAAGACACAACUAACUCUAACCUUUCUGCCUCUUCCCCAGUAGCUGCGUGCCUCUCAAUGCGUUUACGAGGCAGAAAAUCCAGUCUGGCUCUUAAAGACGACCAGGUCCAUUCUGUCCCAGACCAGCUGAUUUGAUCAGUGAACAAAGCUUUUAGUUAGCCAUCCUGGGGAAGGUGAAAUCUGGAGAUAGGUCUGAUGGGCAAACGGUGAAAUAGUAAUUGGGAAGCUCCCUGUUGGGCAGGGGCGAGUGGAGUGAGUUGAAGUUCAUGGUAAAGCCCUUCUAUAUGAGUCAAGGGGUGUGUGGGUCUUUACAAACAAUCUGUAACUGAACUUUCUUUUCUGUGGAUGUGAUUUUCUUUGUCGGGAUAAAUGACAAAAGGAUGCUUUUCUAAAAGGAGGAGAUAUUUGACAGUGUCGCAGGGUUCCAACUAAGACAGUGAUACAAUUUCUGUUGUGAAAGGAAAGGAAUGGGUGUGGGGGUGGCGCAGGGUCGCUGAGGUCAGAGGCCAGGGAGACCGCCGAAGAUGCCCAAGGGGUUAAGUAUUAGAGCCAAGUCUGCAAAGUGAAGGUAAAGUGAGAGACAAGACGAAGAUUAGACAGAAGAGGUAGAGGAUUCUCAGCUUGGAGAACUGGGAAUUUGGGAGAGGGAAGCCAUCGCUCGUUUUAGGUGUCAGGAAGAGAGUGGGCUCACUUUGGACAGGCUUAUUAUUAGGCACAGGAAGAACAGCACACAGGAGAUGCAGCAAGAAAGGGGGAGACGGAGGACCGGUUGGACCCAGAUAGUGGGUGUCUCAGCCCGGACGCAGCUGGGAAGAGAAGAACAGACCCUGACAUGCAGCCACAAGGCUACCCGGAAGGGCCCCUCUCCCCUGGGAGCAGGCAUCUCCCACUGAAGCUUCAGCUCUGAGAGGGGCAGAGAGAGAAAGGAGGAGAAAGAAGGGGCAGAGGACGGGCCAAAGUGAGGAAGAGAGCGGAAAAGAGAAGUGAGAGCCUAAGAGGCUGUUUCUCCAAAGUUUUAAAAAUCUGUGCCAAUAUCAAAAUUUCAUCUAUAUCCUGGUGCAGGCACAGCUGCAGAGCCCCUGAUAAUAACAAGAGUAACCAAAGGUCCCUGCAGGCCCGGCCCGGGCUAGUAACCUAUGAGGUGUGGAGAGGGUCUAUAGCUUCCCCAAGGUCAUGCAGGGCAAUGGGUUGCUGAGCUCAGAAUAAUCCAGAGCCCUUUCAUUUAAGCACCGAGUCAGUGGCUGCCCAGUUCACAGACUCACCCCAUCACCUCGUCAUAGGUUCUGCUAAUUCAGUACAGCCAGGACCUCCAAAGCUCCAUUCAAACACACUUUCUGUAAAUAGGUGUUGAUUCUUCACUAAGCCUCCACACGUGCAGAACGUAGGCAGUUCCUGCUGCUUCUGUCUUUCUCUGUAUAUUAAAUGCUGCUCCUAAGAGGUUUCAGUUUUGUUUUAUUUUUUCAGUUAAUAAAAAGGAGAAGGGAGUCACUGAACUUUAUCUUUGGAGUCCUGAGAUUCUAACUUUGCAACUGUCUCACGGAAGAAGUAUUUACAUUAUUCAAAGGAAACUGAGAAAUUUAUUAUAACAUUCCAUUCCGUAGAGCAGCGGUUCUCAACCUUCCUAAUGCCGCGACCCCUUAAUACAGUUCUUCAUGUUG